CGAUGUUAAUAAUAUUGACCACCAACACCGAGUUAUUUACUCUGACAAAGAACUUUACACAGAAGCUUGGCAACAGGUAGAAACUGUGUCACAGAGAAAUACGGUAAAGGUCACAGCCUCAAAGUCCAAGAGAGGAAGAGAGUUGCAGGCCGGCCAGGUGUUUCCUCCACAGCUUCAGCCAUGUCGUCUGCAGUGCUGCUCAGUCUGCUGCGGUCAGCUCGCUCCACCUUCACCAGGCAGACCUUCCUCACCGCGCGCUCCUCAUCAGAAACCUCCACAGCGUCCGGACAGGUGGGCGGGCCGUCGUUCGGCGUGCGACGGGCCAGCGGGGCGGUCCGCUUCGACAGCGACGCCAGCGGCCGGCCGGUCACCUGGGACUCAUUCGGUAUCUGGGACAACAGGAUAGAAGAACCGAUACUGCUGCCCUCCAGCAUCAGAUACGGAAAACCCAUCCCACAGGUCAGUCUCUCGCGGGUCGGCAGCGCGUCUGUUUUGGGCCUCAGGGAGCAGAACGAGGACCGCCUCCGAAUCGGCCGUAUCCAUGACAACCUGCUGUACUUCGCCGUGUUCGAUGGCCACGGCGGCCCGCACGCAGCCGAUUACUGCUACACCUUUAUGGAGAAGUUCAUCAGAGAAGCUUUGGAGGAGGACGACGAUCUGGAGACGGUUUUAAAGAAGGCCUUUUUAAAUGCUGACAAGGCUCUACACACACAUCUCAGCUACUUCAACAACGCCUCCUUCCUGACAGCCGGCACCACGGCGACGGUUGCCAUGCUACGUGACGGGGUGGAGCUGGUGGUGGGCAGCGUUGGCGACAGCCGGGCGAUGCUGUGCAGGAAGGGACGAGCCAACAAGCUGAGCAAAGAUCACACACCUGACCGCAAGGACGAGAGGCACCGGAUCCAGAGCUUCGGCGGCUUCGUCACGUGGAACAGCGUCGGUCAGGCUAACGUUAACGGACGGCUCGCCAUGACUCGCAGCAUCGGAGACUUCCACCUGAAGACCAGCGGCGUCAUCGCUGAGCCAGACACUCAGCGACUCACUGUCCAGCACGCCAACGACUCCUUCCUGGCUCUGACCACCGACGGCAUCAACUUCCUGCUGAGUGACCAGGAGAUCUGUGAUGUCAUCAACCAGUGCCAAGAUCCCACAGAGGCUGCUGAUGUCAUCGCUCAGCAGGCGCUGCAGUACGGCUCCGAGGACAACGCCACCAUCAUCGUCGUGCCAUUCGGAGCGUGGGGGAAACAUCAGACCUCCACCACCGUCUACAGCAUGAGCAGAAACUUCGCUUCAAGCGGGAGAUGGGCGUAGACGAUGCACGCAGAAAAACAUCAACAAGCUCAACAAGACGAGCUGGAGGACAAAAACAUUUCAGAUCUUUCAAACUCAGAAUGAUCUGUAAGCAACCAGAAUUCUCCCCUGACCCUCAGGUUCAUCCACAGGUUCAUCCACAGGUUCAUCCACAGGUAGACCCUCAGGUUGAUCCUCAGGUUCACCCACAGGUUGUUGGCUUUAGCGUUAAUUUCCUGUGCACAGUGUAUAUAGAGUGUAUAUUAAAAUGUUGUACAGAGAGUUUCUGCGGUGUUUGAUGUCAGCGUUAGCCUGCAGGCUUUGCGAGUGUGUUCAGACCUGUGUUUUGUCACAUUGAUGGUGGAUGUUGAGGGUUUUCAACCUCGAAGUUUGACUUCAGUGUGGAUCCGAGUUCUUCCAGACGAAGUCAAAAAGAGUCAAAGAGGACAAAAAAUAAUGAUGUUAUCGUUAAAUUAGUGCAAAACUUCUGCUCCUGAGAGGUUAAUUACAUCACAACACAAAGUGACAAAGUAAAACCUGCCUGAAACUGCAGCUGGUUUGUUGUCUG